UUAACAACAUGAGUGUUCGAAUGGCUCCACAAAGAUGUAUCACAUUCUUCUCUUGUGGCAUCGUCCUUAUCCUUUUCUGUAUCUCAUGUUACACUUUUAGUUACCAUGAACACGUUCGCAACUACAAAUCUGGCUUUUCAAAAGCGUGUACUUGGUAUAUGAAAACCGUCAAAGAUUUUAUGUUUCAAGACUCGGAUGUCUUUGAUAGUUUAGCUCUUAUUUCUACCAAAACUUUUGAUGUCGUUUCUCAUGGGGCUAAAGGUGAUGGCAAAAAAGAUGAUACUACCAAAACAUUCGAUGUCGAUUCUUAUGGCGCUAAAGGUGAUGGCAAAAAAGAUGACACAAAGGCAUUCAAGAAAGCAUGGAAGGAAGCAUGUUCCUCUAAGACAGCAGCCGUUUUUCAUGUGGCUAAGAAUAAGAAGUACCUUGUCGCCCCAAUCAGGUUUGAAGGUCCUUGCAAAGCUUCAAUAACCAUGCAGAUUUCAGGAACAAUUUUGGCAUCAGAACAAGAAUCAAAAUAUAAGAAAGAUGAAAAGCAUUGGCUUAGAGUGGAUAAAGUUGAUGACCUGGUGAUCGAAGGAGGUGGAGUCAUCGACGGCAAUGGAGAUAGUUGGUGGAAAAAUUCCUGCAAAGUCGACAAGUCGCUUCCAUGCAAGGAUGCUCCAACGGCUUUAACGCUCUACAAGUGCACUUCUUUAACGGUGAAUAACCUGAAAAUACAAAAUGCGCAAAAAAUGCACAUUUCUUUUGACCGUUGUGAGAACGUCCAAGUUUCAGAUAUUCAAAUAACUGCACCCGAAGAUAGCCCUAACACGGAUGGAAUUCAUGUCACACACACUCAAAAUAUUACUAUAUCCGACUCCGUUAUAGGAACAGGGGAUGAUUGUAUUUCGAUUGUGAGUGGAUCACAAGGUGUUCUAGCUACUGGUAUAACAUGCGGACCUGGUCAUGGAAUUAGUAUUGGAAGCCUUGGGUCUAAAAACUCAGAAGCUUAUGUUUCGGAUGUGACAAUUGAUGGGGCUAAUCUUACUGGAACAACAAAUGGUGUUAGAAUCAAGACUUGGCAGGGAGGUACCGGAAACGCAAGCAAUAUUAUGUUUCGAAAUAUCAUCCUGAACAAUGUUUCAAACCCUAUCAUUAUAGAUCAAAAUUAUUGCGAUCAAGAAAAGGCGUGUAAAGAACAGGAUAACGCUGUUGAAAUAAUAAACGUGACUUACCAAAAUAUCACCGGAACUAGUGCUGAUAAAGAAGCUGUAAUAUUCGACUGCAGUAAAAGCCAUCCAUGUCGAGGGAUUAUAUUGAAACAAAUAAAUAUUACUCAAGUCGGCGGUGAUGAUGCUAAGGCCAUUUGCAAAAAUGUCGAGUUGACUCCUAUCAAAACAGUUAUCCCACAAUGCCCGGAAAAUGUUGAUCAAGAUCAACUAGCAUUUGGAACUUAUAGUUCUUAUUAAUUAAUUAGUUAUCUAUGCUACAAGAAUGUGAUAGAUAUACAUUAUGUGAAUAAUAUUGCAAUAACAAU